AUGUUAGACCUUAACCUAAGUAUUUACCAGACCGAUUUGAUGUUGUCGGAAUAUAUGGAGGAAGAUAGCGGCAGGAAUAAGCAGAUCCUUGAGCUAUCUGUUGGCACUUCAAAUUCUUCCGUCGUGAGUAACGCCGGCGACGAGGAGCACUCACACUCACACUCACACUCGCACUCCUGCUCGAAUCUCACGUAUGGUUUUGAGAUACUGAAACAGAAUAAUCUAGAAGAAUUUCAGGAGCAUAGGUCAGAUCAUAUGGUGGUUACAAAGCAGCUCUUUCCGGCGAUGGGCGGUGGUGGCGGUGGCGUUGGCUUCAUUCAGCAGCAUUGGUUGGAUAAUGGCGAUGACGAUAGAUUAUUCAUGUUGAGGCAACAACAACAACAGCAGCAGCAUCAGCAGCAUAUACAACAGGUGAAGAAAAGUAGGAGAGGACCGAGGUCUCGAAGUUCUCAGUAUCGUGGUGUUACGUUUUAUCGAAGAACAGGAAGAUGGGAAUCACAUAUUUGGGAUUCUGGGAAACAAGUUUAUCUCGGUGGAUUUGAUACUGCACACGCUGCUGCUAGGGCAUAUGAUCGGGCUGCUAUAAAAUUUCGUGGUGUUGAUGCUGAUAUUAAUUUCAAUAUAAGCGAUUAUGAGGACGACUUGAAUCAGAUAAAAAACUUGACCAAGGAAGAGUUUGUGCAUAUACUUCGUCGUCAAAGCACUGGAUUCUCAAGAGGAAGCUCAAAGUAUAGAGGUGUUACCCUACACAAAUGUGGUCGCUGGGAAGCUCGAAUGGGCCAAUUUCUUGGGAAAAAAUAUAUCUAUCUUGGAUUGUUCGAUAGUGAAAUCGAAGCUGCAAGGGCUUAUGACAAGGCUGCAAUAAAAUGCAACGGGAGAGAAGCAAUCACCAACUUUGAGCCCAGCUCGUAUGAAGGCGAGCUUAGUCUUGAGACAGACAAUGGAGAUAAAACUGAUUACAUGGAUUUGAACCUGGGUAUCGCUCCUCCGUCUUUAACAGAAGGUGCUAAAGUCGACGACGACACCUUCCGCAGCUUGCACGAGAUCAACUAUAUUUUAAGUGACAUGUCUUCACAGGCCGCAAGAACUACGAUCGACCACCACCCUUCAAGUUUUGGCCCAGUUUAUCAGGGAACAACAAUUGACAAGAGUAUGGCCGAUAAUCAUCCUCUAAGUCACGGAAUGGGAGAAAGAUUGACAGUUAAUUGUGCCAUCACAGAUUUCUUGGCUCCGUUGCUGCGUGAUCCUCCGUAUUGGGCGGCAGCAAGGCAAGUGAAGGCUCAUUGCGGCGGAGCUACACCACCAGCUUCAUUCCUGCCGGCUGCAGCAUCAUCAGGAUUCGGUAAUUCACCAUCACCGGCUGCUCCUGCUCCUGCUCCUACACCACCCAUUCCUCACUGUCCCUACAAUGUCAACAACAUUCCAUUGUACUACUGUAGAAGUUGA